AUUAAUAGCUUUAUGCCUUAUAUUAACAGUACAAAAACAAGCCCUAAUAAAAGCUUGUAUUUUAAGGCUAAUAACGAAGCCUAUAGUCCGGAAUUAGCCGUUAAGUAUUACGAAAAAUUAAGUAAAUACAAAAGGAACAACAAAAGGGCAUUAGGGGCUAUUAAGUCUAUUAUCUCGAUCAAAAACACUAAGCGCUUUAAAGACAAAACAAGUACUAAGGACUUAUUUAAAGUAAUUAAGUCUACUUUCGGUAAAUUAAGCCUUAAAUUAAUAAGGCGAUACUUAGAUCGUAUUUUAGAAGCUAAUUACAACUCGUUUAGUUCUAUAAACGAAUACACAAGUCAAAUUCAAUCCUUGUCUAUAUAUUUAAAGGAACUUAACUAUAAGUUACCUAAACCUUUUUUAGCGUAG